AUGUGCGAGGCAAGGCUGGUGGCCCCGGAACUGCGCUGCCCUCAGCAGUGCGCGGAGCCAGCCCACCCCUUCUGCCGCCUGGAGUUCUGGGAGAGCUUCAGCGCAGAGCUGAUCGCCAGCGGCCGCAGUGCCGUGCGCCGCCUGGAGUUCUGGGAGAGCUUCAGCGCAGAGCUGAUCGCCAGCGGCCGCAGUGCCGUGCUCCGCCUGGAGUUCUGGGAGAGCUUCAGCGCAGAGCUGAUCGCCAGCGGCUUCUUCUCCACGGUCUACAAGGUGACCCAGGCUUCUGCUUGUAAAGUGAUGGUGGUGAAGAUCUACAAGAAUGAUGUGGACCAGGAGGUGAUUGUGCGUGAGAUCAGCCUGCUGCAGAAGCUGUCCCACCCCAACAUUGUCAGGUACCUUGGGAUAUGUGUGAAAGAUGACAAGCUGUACCCCCUUCUGGAGUAUGUGAAUGGAGGUUGCCUGGAGGAGCUCCUGGCCAGCAAAGACAUUGCUUUGAUGUGGAAGGAAAAAGUGGACUUAGCUUCUGACAUCACCAGAGGCAUGAUCUACCUGCAUUCCAAGAACAUCUACCACCGCGACCUCAACUCUAAGAAUUGCCUCAUUCGAGUGAUGCCACGGGGCCAUGAGGCCUUGGUGACUGACUUUGGGCUGGCCAGGGAGGUGGUGGAGCUGCCUGUGAAGGAUGGGGAGAGGAAGCUCAUGCGUUGCUCCUGUGCAUCCCCUGUCUCACCUCCUGCUCUCCCACCUUUCCUGCAGGUGGACGUGUUCUCCUUUGGCAUUGUCCUGUGUGAAAUCCUGGGCAGGAUCCCAGCUGACCCUGAAGUACUUCCCAGGACUCAGGAUUAUGGAUUGGAUGUUGCUGCCUUCCAGGGGAUGAUUGGUGAAUGCCCAAAGCAGGUGAUGGACCUUGCUGUUAGCUGCUGUUGGGUGGAACCAUUUAAGAGGCCAUCUUUCUCUGAGAUCCUGGAUGAGUUGGAGGAUGUCGCAGAGAGCCUGGAGUCUAGGAGGGACAAUCAGUUUUCAGACUGA